AUGUCCCUCCUCCGCACCACCCUCCGCCGCCCCCUGCCUCCCCUUCCCAUUUCCUCCUCCCUUGCCCUAACCCGUCAAUACAACCCCUCUCUCCCCCGUCAAGCCUACAAGGACGACCAAGACCGCACCUCACUCAAACCCCGACCCAACGAUUCCACCAAAUCUGGUUCGGACGACGAAGCCGCCGAGUGCGCCACAGCCUUCGACCCAACCGUCACAGACCCCGACUUGGAAUUCCAAUCCUGCUGGAAGGGGCCGUAUGACAACCCCUUGGAAGCCUCGGGAGCCAACCGGGAAAUAUCAAAGGAAACAAACGAGAGGGCAGAGGAGAAACAAGCACCGCGGGAUGGCAAGACGAGGGAGAGCCACUCUAGUAAGGAGGGGAAGAAGGCGGGGAGGAUGACGAGUUCUUUUCCAAAAUGA